UCAAACCAACCAAUAACUACUAAAAUUUUGUGUUAUUGUUUAUAGAGUUAAAGAAAAUGUCUAUAGAAAUAGAAUCAGCAGACGUAAUUCGCUUAAUUCAACAGUAUUUAAAAGAAGCGAAUCUCUUUAGGACUUUGCAUACGCUUCAGGAAGAAACCGGCGUUACGCUGAAUACGGUGGAUAGUGUGGAUGGUUUUUGCGCCGAUAUAAAUAAUGGUCAUUGGGAUACAGUGCUAAAAGCAAUACAGUCCCUUAAAUUACCAGAUAAAAAGUUAAUUGACUUAUAUGAACAGAUUGUUCUUGAACUGAUCGAACUUAGGGAAUUAGGGGCUGCGAGAUCACUUUUGCGCCAGACUGAUCCAAUGAUAAUGCUCAAGCAGAAUGAGCCAGAAAGAUAUAUACAUUUAGAAAAUCUACUGGCCCGUUCAUAUUUCGACCCGAGAGAAGCCUACGCCGAUGGUAGCAGCAAGGAAAAGAGACGGGCCGCGAUCGCGCAUGCCCUUUCCGGCGAAGUCUCAGUCGUACCGUCCUCACGUUUACUAGCUUUACUGGGCCAAGCUUUGAAAUGGCAGCAGCACCAAGGGCUGUUACCCCCUGGUACGACCAUCGAUUUGUUCCGAGGAAAAGCGGCGGUCAGGGAACAGGAAGAGGAGACCUUCCCCACGCAGAUGGCGAAACAGAUAAAGUUUGGCCAAAAGUCCCACGUGGAAUGCGCGAGAUUUUCGCCCGACGGUCAAUAUUUGGUGACCGGGAGCGUGGAUGGUAUUAUCGAAGUUUGGAACUUCACCACGGGCAAGAUUCGUAAAGAUUUGAAGUAUCAGGCGCUAGAGAAAUUCAUGAUGAUGGAACACGCGGUACUCUGUAUGGCGUUUUCGAGGGACAGCGAGAUGUUGGUAACCGGCUCACAAGCUGGCCGAGUAAAAGUGUGGAGAAUCAGUACGGGGGCGUGCUUGAAAAAAAUAGAAAAGGCUCAUUCCAAGGGAAUUACUUGUCUGCAAUUUUCACGGGACAACACUCAGGUUUUAAGCGCCUCAUUUGACCAUUCCAUCAGGAUCCACGGGUUAAAGUCCGGUAAGACCCUAAAAGAGUUCAGGGGCCACACGUCCUUCGUAAACGAGGUUAUUUUUACCCUAGACGGUCACAACAUCCUCAGCGCUUCUUCCGACGGUACCGUAAAAGUUUGGAGCAUAAAAACCACCGAAUGCGUGAACACCUUUAAAUCGUUGGGUCCGGCCGAUUGCACCGUAAAUAAUAUCCACAAUUUCGCGAAAAAUCCCGAACAUUUUGUCGUGUGCAAUCGUAGCAACACCGUCGUCAUCGUUAACAUUCAAGGCCAGAUCGUCAGGUCAUUCGCGAGCGGGAAAAGGGAGGGCGGGGACUUCGUGUGUUCGACGGUGUCGCCGCGAGGAGAUUGGAUAUACUGCGUGGGGGAGGACUUGGUGCUCUACUGUUUUUCCACCGUAUCCGGUAAAUUGGAACGGACUUUGAACGUACACGAGAAGGACGUCAUCGGUAUAGCGCAUCAUCCGCACUCGAAUUUGUUGUGUACUUACAGCGAAGACGGAUUGGUGAGGCUGUGGAAGCCUUAGGAGCGUUUUAGGGAUAAUUAAAACCCGUUUUGAAAGAAACGUUUUUCUUUGUACCUGCCCUACUUG